AUGGAUGUUCUAUCCCAGUACAAAGCAUCGAUUCAAAGCAGGCUUGAUAGCGCAGAUGUAUUGGUAUCAAAAUUAGUUCAUGAGAACCGUAUGCUAGCUCAGGAAUCUGAGAAUAAAGAUGACGAAAUCGAAUCUCUGAAACGCCAAUUGGAUGUCAUGAAGAAACGCAAUGAGGAAUUUGAAAAGCGAGCGAGUGCAGCAGAAGAAGAGGUUGACAUUGUGAGAGAUUUAUUUGAGCAUCUGUGCGGAGUUAGGGUUCACAAGUCUUACGAGGAUGAUUCAGGUCUUUGGUUUGAUACAUCACAGGGUGGAAGGUACGGCGUUAUGGACUACAAAUUGGGCUUCGUGAAAGCAGGGGGUGAAGUAGGAGGUACCGAAGUGGUGUACGUUCCACUGCUGAAACAGAGAAGUGCCGAAGAGCUGCAACUCUUGCAGAAACAGAUACCGGGAUACUUGUUUGACACUUUGAGUUUCCCCUUGAGAUCUUUGAACCAGUUCUACAUGAAGCUGGGUAGAUGUUUAGGUAAAGCUGAAAAAACAAGUGAUUAA